CAACCUCACCAUGCUGAAACGAAACUGAAAGAGGAGAUUUGCUUAAGUUUUGUUUGCUUUCGCAGCCGCUUUUAAAGCUUUCCAUUUUCAGAUAUGGCAACUGCCAGCAGUCUGCUGUCAGAGGAGAAGUUCCUUUGCUCUGUCUGUCUGGAUGUUUUCACUGAGCCAGUCUCAACUCCAUGCGGACACAACUUCUGCAGAGCAUGUAUCGACAAGUAUUGGGAUGCCAAUGACAUUUUCCAGUGUCCAUUAUGCAAAAGGGAAUUUUCCCCGCGACCUGAGCUCCAAAUCAACACUUUUAUAUCUGAGUUAGCUGCUGAGUUUAAGACGUUAGUUCAAGUCAAAGGCUCAGCUCCAGAGCCACAACUUCCUGAAGCAGAAGACGUUCUUUGUGAUAUCUGCUCAGACAUGAAGGACAAUGCUGUUAAAUCUUGUCUGACGUGUCUAGUGUCUUUCUGUGAAGCUCACCUCGAGCCACAUAAAAGAGUUGCUAGUCUCAAGGGCCACACCCUAUUAGACCCAGUGAGGAAUCUUGAUGACAGAACAUGCAAGAAGCACAACAAGAUAACAGAAUUGUACUGCAGGACCGACCAGGCCUUCAUUUGUGUCUUGUGCAUCAAAACCGAUCACAAGACCCACAAUGUUGUCCCACUUGAGGUAGAAUAUGAAGCAACGAUUGCAAAAAAAGACAAGACGAUGGCAAAUAUCCAAAAGAUGAAACAGUCAAGGCACGAGAAGAUAGAUGAGUUUGAAAAGGUACCUGAUGUCAGCCAGAAAGAAGCUGAGAGAGAGAAAGAAGCCAGCGUGCAGGUCUUCACAGACUUGAUCCGCUCCAUCCAGAGAAGCCAGGCCGAGCUGGUCGAAGUGAUAGAGGAGAGGCACGGAGCAAUAAAGCAGAAGGCCGAAGAUUUUCUCACAGAGCUGAGGAUGGAGGUCGCUGAGCUGGAGAGCAGAAGCGGACAGCUGGAGCUGCUGUCACAGUCUAAGGAUCACCAUCAUUUUCUCCAGAGUUUCCCAACCUUGUGCUCUCCUUUAAACACAGACUGGGUCGACAUUGACGUUCACAGCGACCUGUCUUUUGAGAGAGCGAGAAGUGCUGUGACUCACCUGAAACGGAGAGUUGAUGAAAUAAUGGAGGAGCUUCCUGAGAUCAAAAUGAAAAGAAAGAGAGAACAUGCCGUGGACUUGACUUUUGACCCCGACACAGCAUUUUGUGAACUUGUCAUAAGUCAGGAUGGGAAACAAGUGAGAAAUUCAGACACAGAACUGGAUCUUCCCACCAGUCCAAAGAGAUUUAAAAUAUAUCCAGAGGUUUUGGCCAAGGAGGGGUUCACAGCAGGGAAGUUUUACUUUGAGGUGCAAGUGAAAGGAAAAACUGAUUGGUUUGUUGGAGUGGUGGGAGAGUCUGUGGAUAGAAAGCAGGACAAAGCUCUGUCAGUAAAGAAUGCAUACUGGACCAUUGGGCUUUUAAAGGGUAUAUAUAAAGCAUUUACAACACCAAGGGUUAAACUCACGCUGAAAGAAAAGCUUCAGAAGGUGGGCAUCUUUGUAGACUAUAAUAAAGGAGAGGUUUCCUUCUAUGAUGUGAAUUCUAAAUCGCAUAUCUAUUCUAUCACUGGCUACCACUUCACAGAGAAACUUUAUCCGUACUUCUGUGUUCAAGGCAACACGGAUGGAGCUAACUCUGCCCCUCUCAUCAUAACCCCUGUAACUCAAACACACUGAGUUAGUUUCAUCUUUAAAGCCCACAGAAGAAAUAACAUCGGCCUCUAUUAACACACUUAACAAAUCUGCUUAAAGUGUUAAAAACAAAUGUAAAAUGUUAUAUCAGUAAUCAAACUAUCCUCUUUAAUAUCUGAGAUGUUUUCUAGCCAUACAUUGUGCACCUUUCUGUUUGUGUAAUAAUAUUAAUGUUGCACAGUGAUAUUGAUCCUGUUCUAUUACAACGGCUGGGGUUAGCGGUGUUCAAUUAUAACGAUAUAUUGUAAAGUUACUUUAUUAUUUUGUUGCUCUGUCAUGUAUAAUUUGGUUGGAUUUUUUUUUUUCCUAAAUCACAUGUCAGACAUGUUUUGCCACCAUAAAGACCAUAAAGAAUGCAUAACAUAUUCAUCAUUUUGCUUUUUUCUUUGUUGCAAUUUACAGUGGCUUUUGUGCAUUUGACAAAUC